AGAAAUACCGCAGCCGGCUUUUGCUUUUAGUUUAUUCCUCUGUUUUCUUCCGAGAUACCCGAGAUACAUAACUCAUGCCGCCAAUAAAAUGGCUCUGAAAAUUAGCACAUCUGAAAUAACAGUUUGAAUAUCAUAAAAUAAUCACGACUGAUGGCAUCCAUUGACAAAGUGCGGGUGAUCGUUGUUGGCGACUCAGGUGUUGGCAAGACGUCUCUGGUGCACUUAAUCAGCCAAGGGAAGCCCCUGGAGGGCAGCCCGUCGUGGACAGUUGGGUGCUCGGUGGAGGUGAAGCUGCAUGAAUUCCGGGAAGGCACACCCAGUCAGAAGUCAUAUUUCGUUGAAUUGUGGGACAUUGGAGGCAGCAGCAGCCACAGAAAUGCCCGUUCUGUCUUUUAUAAUCCUACACAUGGCAUUAUUUUGGUGCACGACUUGAGCAACCGGAAGAGCCAGCAAAAUCUGAGCAAAUGGUUGGCCGAGGUUCUGAACAAGGACAGUGCCACUAGCAGUCGCAGCAUUGCAGUUGACCAGUACGAUCCUGAGCAGUUUGUCGGCUCGACACAGAUUCCAAUCUUGGUAAUUGGCACAAAACUGGAUCUGGUCGAGAAGCUAAGGGCAAACAGCAGGAGAACGUCUGCCAUUGCUGAGGAAUGCGGUGCUGAUGAGAUUUUUGUUGAUUGCCAGCAAAUGCGAGCGUUGGCAGCAGGUUCAAGUUCUGCGAUAAAACUCGCUCGGUUCUUUGACAAAGUGAUUGAGCGAAAGUACCAAACAAGGGAGGCUCGAGACCGAGUCUCUCCAUUUACUGUUGAUUCCAGGAGAAGUCGGCCUUUCAAGUCCUACCACAAUGACUGAUUUUGUAUAGUUCAGUUUUGUUUCCUACAGUUGUUAGUGCAAUAAAAAUAUUUAAUUUUUGAA